UAAUUACUCAAAAAACAAUACAUUUAAUUUAUUAAGAAUUAAACGAGUAAACUCUUUUGUAGAGACAUGAGUAAUAAUGAAUAUAGUAUGUUAAUAGUGAGGUAAUUAUUUUUUCAAUAUCGUCCAGAAAAUUCGAGUAUACAAACAAUUUUUAAGGGUAAAAUUGUUUUCCUCUGUUGUUAUUAUAAUGACAGUGGGGAUUUUUCAUUUUUGCUGAUGAGGAAAAGAGAUGAAGAUGAAGAUGACUGCCACCACCUCAGAACCUCCUAAUUUUCUUUAGAUUGCCUAGCUUUGAUUUUUACCUACCUAUUAAUUCGGUUUCUUUCAUAACCUCUUUCCUGUCUUUUUUAGUCAUCCAUGUCCUUUGAAAUAAAAGAAUUGAAAAAAUGGAAUUUUACUCCUCUUAUAGAAAAUUUUGUUUCGUUUCGCUUUGUUUUCUCUCUCGUUGAGAAACAAUAAAAGAAUUGUUAUCUGGGCUUGGCUUGGCUUGGCUUUUCCUUUUUCUUUCUUUUAAUUUCUUCAAGCUUUGGCGCUUUUGAAAAUAAUUCGAUUUUCAAAUGUAUUUUGUUUGUUUUGAAUAUAUGAAAAAGGAACUUUGAUAGCCAUCCAAAUUUGUGAGAGCAUUUAUCUCUGCCAGAUCGUAAUUCUUCCUCUUAUCAACUUCUUUAUAUAAAACCCAUUUGAAAGAAUUUGUCUUUCUUCAAUUUCCAAGAUUUCAAGCUCUAAAUAAAUCAACCUUUUUUCAUGGUUCAAAGUUCGUAGUUUUCUCACGUUCCUGAGACAGCCCUUAUAACCCAUUUCUUCUUUUUUCUUAAUCUAUCCUCGAGAAAAAAGAAAAAAAAAGGUGGGGGGAAUGUUUGGUCCCCAAAGCAAAAUGGACAUUGCCUUCGAAUGGCAAGCGCAAUUUCACAUCUUAAGGCCAAGCAUCCAUGCGAGAAGAGCAAAUAUAAUAGUGAAAUUCCAAGACCUUUAUGGGUUCACAGUAGAAGGCAAUGUGGAUGAUGUUAAUGUGUUGAAUGAGGUAAGAGAAAAGGUAAGGCAACAAGGGCGUGUUUGGUGGGCACUGGAAGCAAGCAAAGGGGCCAAUUGGUAUUUGCAGCCGCAGAUUUCGAUAUCGCAAGGGAUUGGGUUGAAAUCUUCGCUCAAAUUGUCAGGUUUUGUUAAUGCGAUUACAUUGAAGAAGCUUAUCAGGAAAGGCAUUCCGCCUGUGCUUAGGCCUAAGGUUUGGUUUUCCCUUUCGGGUGCCGCCAAGAAGAAGUCUACGGUGCCUGAAAGCUAUUAUAAUGAUUUGUUAAAGGCGGUACAGGGUAUGGACACGCCUGCAACACGUCAGAUUGAUCAUGACCUUCCACGAACCUUCCCCGGUCACCCAUGGUUGGACACUCCAGAGGGCCAUGCAGCUCUUCGGCGUGUGCUUGUGGGGUAUUCUUUCCGUGAUUCUGAUGUGGGCUACUGUCAGGGCUUAAAUUAUGUCGCUGCGUUAUUAUUGCUUGUUAUGAAAACAGAGGAAGAUGCAUUUUGGAUGCUUGCUGUCCUCCUUGAAAAUGUUUUAGUUAAUGACUGCUAUACAACUAACUUAUCCGGAUGCCAUGUCGAACAAAGGGUUUUUAAGGAUUUGCUUGCUAAAAAGUGCCCAAGGAUUGCUGCUCAUUUGGAAGCAUUGGAGUUCGAUGUCUCCCUUGUUGCUACUGAAUGGUUCCUGUGCCUCUUCUCUAAAAGCUUGCCUUCAGAGACAACUCUGCGGGUAUGGGAUGUCCUUUUCUAUGAGGGGGCAAAGGUUCUUUUUCAUGUAGCUUUGGCUAUAUUUAAGAUGAAAGAACAUGAAUUGCUUCUAACGCAUCAGGUUGGUGACAUUAUUAACAUAUUACAGAGAACUACCCAUCACCUUUUUGAUCCUGACGAGUUAUUGACGGUUGCAUUUGAUAAGAUCGGAUUCAUGACGACAAACACAAUAUCGAAGCAAAGGAAAAAGCAAGAAACAGAAGUAAUGAAAGAGCUCGAUCUGAGAAUGAGAAGACUAAAUUCCAUAAGAACAGACGAGAAGUAACAGUUGUUGUGAAAAGACCAUAAUUGUACAUCAAACAUCCUAUAUAAUCCCAGACCUCUUUGCUCUUAUGUAGAAGAA